AUGGACAAUUCAACGAUUGUGCUGAUUGGUAUUUUGAUUUUAGGGUAUCUGCUUACUUUGAAACAGAAUUCGAAGAAGAGAGAGGAGAAAUUGAAGCUGAUAAAUAGAGUACGAAACUUGAAGGCAGAGGAGAACGAGAUGUUAGCAACACCUAAAACGGAUACGAAAGAGACUCCCCAAAACCUCAACCCUGAAGGUGUGACUGACGGAGAGGAGAAGCCUGAUCUGGACGAGAUUGAGGACAAAAAACCGUUUACCAAGAGAGAAGUAACUCAGGAUAUGAUCGAAGUGGUACAAACAUUAGCCCCAAAUUUGGACGUUGAACAGAUUCGUGCCAGUCUGCAAAAGACAGGAUCUAUUGAAAAGACGGUGACCUACUAUCUGGCUGGGGAAGAGUUCCCAUCUGCUGAUGAGUGA